CCCGCGGCCCCACUCCUUUAGUCCUCCGUGGCCCGCGGCGCUCUGCCUUUUUCUGGCCCGCGACCCCUGGACUCUGCCGGCCCGAGCUCGCCGAGGCUGAAGCCUACACUUGGAGCUGCUUGGACCAUGCUCCGUGUCCUGCUCCUCGGAGUCCUGGCCCCCGCCGGCCUGGGACUGUCCGCGUCCAGCGAGCCUCAGCCCCACGGCAGCCAGUGCGUCGAACAUGACUGCUUUGCGCUCUUUCGGCGACGCGAAAACUUCCUCGGGGCCAGUCAGUCCUGCCAGCACUCGCGGGGCCACCUGAUGACCGUGCGCUCCUCGGUGGCAGCUGAUGUCAUCUCCCUGCUCUUAAGCGGAGACGGCGACGAUGGCCCGCGCCUCUGGAUUGGCCUGCAGCUGCCGUCUGGCUGCAGGGACCCCGGACACCAGGGGCCCUUGCGUGGUUUCCAGUGGGUGACCGGCGACAACCGCACCAGCUACAGUAGGUGGGCUCAGGAAGAGGACGAAGAGCCUCUCUGCGGGCCUCUGUGCGUGGCUGUCUCGGUGGCUUUGCCUUCCUCCCCAGGAGAACCGGCCUGGGAGGCGCAGCAGUGCGCGACCGAGGCCGACGGCUUCCUCUGCGAGUUCCACUUCGCCUCCUCCUGCCGGCCUCUGCUCGUGGAGACCCCCGCCUCUGCGGCUGCCAACGUCUCCAUCACCUACAGAACCCCGUUUGGCGCCCUCGGAGCCGAUUUCCAGGCGUUACCCGAGGGUAGCAAGGCCUCGGUAGCGCCCUACGGAGUGGAGCUAGUGUGCAGAGCUGGCCCUGGAGAGACUGAGGCGAACUGGGACCAAGAGGCGCCCGGCGCUUGGCACUGCGGUGUGGACAACGGAGGCUGUGAACACGCUUGCAACCUGAGCACCGGGGCCCCGCGAUGCAUCUGUCCACCUGACAGCGUCCUGCAGCCCGACGGGCGCUCCUGUGCCAAGCCCGACGAGCACGCGUGCCACCAACUCUGCGAGCACUUCUGCGUGCUCAGUAACCAUGUGUCCGGUGAGUACUCCUGCAUGUGUGAGACGGGCUACCAGCUGGCAGCGGACCAGCACCACUGCGAGGACGUGGACGACUGUUUGUCCGAGCCAAAUCUGUGCCGCCAGCGCUGCGUCAACAAGCAGGGCGGCUUCGAGUGCCAGUGCUUCUCCGGCUACGAGAUGCUGGACGGCGAGUGUGUGGAGGCCCUGGACCCCUGCACUGGGAACGACUGCGAGUACCAGUGCGAGCCCGUGGGCCAGACCAACUUUCGCUGCAUCUGCGCAGAAGGUUUUGCUCCCAUACCCGAGUAUCCGCACAAAUGCCAGAUGUUCUGCAACCAGACUCAAUGUGAAGCCGACUGUGACCCCAGCAAUCCGGCGUACUGCCAGUGUCCCGAGGGCUUCAUCUUGGACGACGGUGACGACGGUUUUGUUUGCACAGAUAUAAACGAGUGUGACAGCGACGAGUGUCCAGGUCAAUGCCGGAACCUCCCAGGCACCUUUGAGUGUGUCUGUGGGCCAGAGACCGCCCUUGCUGGCCAGGUGGCGAGCGACUGUGACCCAGUGAAGGUGGACCCGAAUGAGGAUGGAGGCUCAGGAGAGCCGCCAGUCAUCAGCCCGGCUCCCAGUGCCACCGUGAGUCCCACCUCAGCGGGGCAUGUGCAUUCUGGGGUACUCAUUGGCAUCUCCAUUGCCAGCCUGUCUUUGGUGGUGGCCCUGUUGGCACUCCUCUGUCACCUGCGCAAGAAACAAAGUGCCUCUCGAGCUGAGUUGGGAUACAAGUGUGGGUCCCCAACGAAGGAGGUGGUUCUGCAGCAAGUGCGAACGGAUCUAUCGCCUCAGAAACUCUGAGGGGCUUCCCUGUCCGUCCUCGCAGACCUUACUUCCCAGACUGGGUCCCUUGAAGCACCUUAGCACAAGUCGGAGCUGGAGAGGUCACUGGGCUCCUUUUACUGAACUCAGUCUGUGUUGCCACUGGAAACUGGACAGUGUGAACUCUACAAUGAGGACACAGAUUGCAAAGUGUCUCCUGUCCUCACCUUGGACCAUAGAGGGGUGAGGUCACUUGGAAGCAGCCCUUAUGCUAGACUGUGAGCCAGCCUAUAGAUGAUGGACUAGUGAGUGUAAUCAAACAAUGAUGAUAACCGAAAUAUUUAUUUUUCAGGAAUUUACAAUAUCUUCCUUUUUUCACCUUCCACCUAGUUGUUAUGCUUCCAAUACCCACUUUGUAUUCCUGUCUCCUCUUCCCUCUUUCUUCUUCCUUAGCUCUGUAUUUAGAUAUUCCCACUUGUGAAAUGACAGAUAAACUAUCAGAUAUGUGGGCCCUCCACAUCUUGUCAAGGCCUCUUACAGUUCUGAAGCCAAACCCUAUUUCUGUUUCCAGCAUUCCUCCUCCUUUUUCUCUCCCUGAAAACUUCUCUGACCCACUAAGUCACACUACCUGUGUCUGAUCUUACUCUCUGUCUGCCAAAGUGGAACAUCUAUUUGAAAUGGAAAUAGAAACACUAAAAUCCAGAAUGGUGGAGAGGAAGAAUUCUCUCACUAGAUUUGCUAACUUAUUCUGAACUUUCAGAUUUCCCAAGCAAUGUCAUUUAACAAAGAUUAAGAAGAUUUAAGAAGCACGUGUUAAAUUAAUGUUGCUAGAUAAUACC